AUGGCUGAGCGCAGCCACAAGAAACCCAAGAGUGCGCAAGGCCAAAAAGCGGGGGCGCAAAGCGCCGAUCCCGCCGCCAGCAAGCCAACCGCGACCAAGCUCGAAGCGAUCAAGCCCGAAGCGUUAAAGCCCGAAGCGUCGGCUUCGCACCCACAGGCCGCUUCCCUCCCGGGUGUGGAGCGCAGUCCCUUUCGCAGUAUGAAAAACCCUGGCGCCAAAGGUCCUGGCGCCAAAGGUCAUGGGGCCAAAGGUCCUGGCGUCAAAAUUACUAGCGGCAAGAGCCCCCUGUUUUCCAUCACAAGUCACGGCACCACCAGCGACAAAGCGACAGCCGGGGGGAGUACCAUUGCGGCCUCCGGUCCUCUCGCGGCCUUGAGUCCAUCAGUGGUCAACCCAGGGUGUGCCAGCGGUCCGAAAGAACAGGACGCAACUGCCGACAUCCCCGAGAAGCGAGUGUUCGCGGAACGUGGAACCGUAGGCGACGCGGCAGUGGCGCUGACAAUGUGCACCUGCGUCGCCCUGCCCAUCCACUGCGGCCUUGGAGGUGGCGUCAUGGCGCUCUACUACAACAAGUACGACACUAGUCGCAAAGAAAAACGAUACCUGAUCUGUACUAGUAAAUUAUACCUUCUAUAGAAUACCAAUAAAUUGUGUAGAAACCAUCGACGAUGAUUGUCAGUGUAAGCGAAUAGCCGAACCCUUCUAUAAAAGCUAUUCACUUUAAUAAAAAAGAAAAAGAAAAUGAUGCGCUCGAAGCCGUUAACCAGCACAUCAGUAGCGGUGGCUAUAUAAGUCGAUGCACCAUACGUGUGUUGUCUCCAGCGAUGCGAGCACCGGCGUGGAAGGCGACUGCCACCCUCCUCUCCCGCAACCUCCACAGGAUCGAGGGGAGAAGAAGAGCAGGGCUGCCCUGCCUGAGCGCUAUCCAUCUUCAAACUAGAUCGGACGCCCUGAAGGUCUUGUGCCACAGCAGGUGCCCUUCGCAUGGACGCCUUUGUAUCGGUGAUGACAGGCCGGCCACAACCGACCACCAUGAAAACUGGCAAAUGAGGUUAAGAAACCUAUUCACAUUAAAUGCCAUUUGGACUGCGACAGAAGGCAAUA